AUGUCGUCCUCGGGCUCAUCUUUUACUUCGUCGUCUCUCGGUCGCCCGCCUACAUAUGGAAGGACGAUACUAUUUCAGGAUACUCCCGACGAACGGGUUGUUUACCUUGGACCUUGGGAAGUAGUGGGUUCUGAGCAGCGCCGUGUCCUCUGGCAGGGCAGCUAUCAGAACGAACUGCUCGAGCACUAUUUGCCCUCGGACAUCCCCUCUGAUAUAUAUCCACAUACGCUGCACUCACGACAUCGCCCAUACUACGAUGCCUCCGACAUGGAACGAUACCUGACGUUUCAGGAACCUCACCGAGUUCGAUAUACCACUGAUGAGGGUGUUUGUAUACACGACCAAUAUGUCACGAUCAGAUACGAGUUUACAACAGUAGAAAGCUCUAUCCAAUUCCAGGGGGAUCUGCGCAGGAAGGACCUGAUCGAUUUCUACGAUGCUGACGUCGUCUGGACCAAUGUUCAUGGACGCACAGAUGGCUUUGGCAAAGUGAAGGGCAUAGGCGCGAUUCAGCGGCUCAAGUUGUGGAGGGAUCGAUAUACUACGUUCCACUCGCUCAGCGUGUUCGCGAAUAAGACGGAUGGUCAAUAUCGGGAAUACGAUAUUCACUAUUUCGAUGGUGAGCUUCGUGGGAGGGAUGACCGUGCAAAGCAGCUUCGACUCAAUGCAUCCGGUCGACGACCCAGUUCAGGCGACGGUCAUCAUUCACACCGGCGCUUCUCGUUACCACAUCGUAUUCGAUCUCGAACCAGAACAAGUGAAUCUUCAGAGCCAAGAUCAGUGCAGCAGCCGACUCUUGACAUACGCUCGGACCGUGAAUUUAACGGCAUCCCAUUCCCACCGAACCAUUUCGAAUUACCCUCACCGCAGAUUUUGCCGGGGCAUUCUCCCGAUUUACCGGUAUCUGGCUGGCCGCAUCAUGCGCUCGACUCGGUACCAGAACCCUCGGACACGACCGACACUACGCCUUGA